UGUUCACGCACGAUCAAAGCACUAUUUUACAGUCAGCACGGCGACCAGCAAGCGUCGGAGACGGCCGCCUCUUCUCGUGUAUGGGGUGAGCUCCAUUGUGCUUGCCCCACCACUGCCUCGCGCUUUGUUCCGAGCCGAGGACUUCUUAAAGAACCAAAACAUUAUGGUAGUACUUACUCCCAGUACUCGAUCUUUGGACUAUGGCAGCGCCAUCUUGACAUGUUCGUCAACUGAGCUCGUUUGCACGCAACAAAAACAUGAGAGCCUUGACGGACGUUUAGGAGCACCCGAUUGGUCGAAAUGAUGAACAGGCUGCCAGGCUCAGCAUCCACCACCGGGUACUUCAGCCUUGCAACGCAUCGAUCCCCUGAAGAGCUCGGUAGCCUCAUAAAUCUCACUUUCUGCAGUUUCCCACGAACACCUUAAUGCGUGGUUCAAUAUCCGGGACUCCGCAGUACAUGAGUGCCCUAUGUCAUAUCUUGGCUCCAUCAGAAAAUGCAGGUCUUGCGCACGCUCAAAUCACAAAGACAAGCGCGCAAGGCUCCCUUCAAUGUGGAAGAGGUAGUCGAUAUGGAAGAGGUGAUCGCAGAUACGCUUACUCAGACUCUGCCGGAGUGACUUGUCCACAGCUUCGAAGAUCGAAUGCGCAUUACAACACUUCAUCAUGGAACCGAAGUACGAUCGGCUUUGAGAGUAUAGUGCGCUCUCUUAUGCAUGAGGCAAUUCCUAGCCAAAACGCAACAUAUACAUUAACCACAAACGAAUCAGCAUUGGAUCGAACCUAUACCGCUUUUGUCAACAAUUUCGGUGCAGCAAAAACUUUGGUGAUUCCGACUGGAUUGGCUGGAUGUGGAUGGACCAAAUUUGCAUCGAUCAGCUCGAUGUUCUGGAGCGGAACCACCAGGAGCAACUCAUGACUGAUAUCUAUGGGUUGGCAAACAAUACGAUCAUCUAAACAAACGAUGAUCAAACACGAUAUGGAACGGAAGUGCCAGUAGACGCUGCGAUGGAACAUCUUGCAAAGACUUGCUACCCCUCCAAGAUUGCCAGGUCCAGCAGCUGAUGAGGAACACCGCUGUAUGUUAUUAUGUAAUGCAGUGUCUGCGUAUGACCUCGCAGCAUACUCACUUCUCCCUGUUGUGAAUCAUCCAGGAGGUAUUUAUUCCCCUUGGACCGACCUAUAUCAAAUCUACGCGAAAUUGCAAACUUCCUGUAUCAGCCUUUGUGGCCGGUGGAGCAGACUGCCGAUUAACUGCUCACUCUUAGGGCGGAUCGUGGUCAUACAGAUCAUGAAGGUGACCGGCUUACCCCUAUGCAGACUCAACGCCCAAGUCUUAUGGAUUGUCUUGCCCG